UGACGUUAGGGCAACUUAAAUGGCAGCUUACACACUGUACAUGCUUGCCUUGUAAAAAGCUAUUAUUUUCGUUAUUUUUUCCACAAUAUAUUCGUAGGGCCAUAUUGAAAAAUGUCCGGGCGACAAAGCAACAAAUUGCCAAACAACUUACCACAACUGCAGAAUCUUAUAAAAAGAGAUCCUCAGUCAUACGUAGAAGAGUUUCUGCAGCAGUACCGACACUACCAGUCCAAUGUUCAGAUCUUCAAACUGCAGCCUGACAAACCGAACAAGGAGUUAGCAGACCUUGUCAUGUUUCUCGCUCAGGUUGGUCACUGCUACCUGCAGCAGCUGUCUACUUUUCCACAAGAGCUGAUAGAGUUAUUAUUGAGUCACCACAUAGUCUUAGAGCCAGACUUAAGAAUGACCUUCUGCAAAGCGCUGAUUAUUCUGAGGAAUAAAGAUCUGAUCGACCCCACUGGCCUCCUGGAGCUCUUCUUUGAGUUGCUGAAAUGUCACGACAAACUGCUUAGAAAGACACUGUACACACACAUUGUAACAGAUAUCAAAAACAUCAAUGCCAAGCACAAAAACAACAAGGUCAACACGAUGUUACAGAACUUCAUGUACACCAUGCUGAGAGACAGUAAUCCCACUGCAGCAAAGAUCUCUUUAGAUGUGAUGGCGGAGCUCUAUAAAAGGAACAUAUGGAAUGAUGCCAAAACGGUUAAUGUUAUCACAACAGCAUGCUUCUCCAAAGUGACAAAGAUCCUUGUUGCAGGUCUUAAAUUCUUCCUGGGAAAAGAUGAGGAUGAAAAAAAUGAGAGUGAUUCUGAAUCAGAGACAGAGGGACCCUCAGCCCGAGACCUGAUGGUGAGAUACUCCACUGGCAAGAAAACCUCCAAGAACAAGAAGAAAAUGGAAAAGGCGAUGAAAGUUCUCAAGAAACACAAGAAAAAGAAAAAAGCAGAAGUGUUCAACUUCUCUGCUAUUCACCUAAUUCAUGAUCCUCAGGAUUUCUCUGAGGAACAUUUAAACAGUCUGUGGUGUGUCUGUGCUUUGGAUAUAUUUGAUAGAAGCGUAAAUUAGAUAUGACUAAUGCUCACUGUUCUUGUCCUUCUACAGCUCUUCCUCUUCAAUUUCUACCCAUUCAUCCAGAGGUUUCUUCAGCCCCAUCAAAGAGAGGUGACCAAGAUUCUGCUGUGUGCUGCCCAGGCUUCCCACCAGCUCGUCCCCCCUGAGAUCAUUGAGUCUGUGAUCAUGACCAUUGCUAACAACUUUGUGACAGACAGAAACUCUGGAGAGGUCAUGACAGUGGGUAUUAAUGCCAUCAAGGAGGUGGCAGCCCGCUGUCCUCUUGCCAUCACUGAAGAUCUGCUGCAGGACCUGGCCCAGUACAAGACCCACAAAGACAAGAAUGUGAUGAUGUCUGCCAGAGGACUGAUCCAACUGUUCAGGACACUUAAUCCACAGAUGCUGCACAAGAAGGACAGGGGGAAACCCACAGAGGCAUCAGCAGAGGCCAGGAUCAAAGACUAUGGAGAGCUUGAAUCUAAGGACUAUAUACCUGGAGCUGAAGUCUUGGAGGUGGAGGAGGAGAAGAAAGAGGGGGAAGAGGAUGAAGAUGGCUGGGAGAGUGCCAGUAUGAGUGGUGAUGAUGAAGAUGGGGAGUGGGUGGAUGUUCAUCACUCAUCUGAUGAAGAAACAGGAGAGGUGGCAGAGAAACUUCAGAGUAUACCAGUGGAGGAAAGAAAAGCCAAGGCAGCAGAGGUCAGCAGCAGCAGGCUCCUCACUCAGGAUGACUUCCAGAAGAUCCGUCUGGUGCAGAUGGCCAAAGAGUUAAACGCUGCACCAGGGAAGGGCCAGAAGAGGAAAAAUGUGAGCAGGGAUGAUGAGCGUGACAACAGAGGGGAGUUGCUGACCUUGAGAGAUAUUGAGAUGCUACACAAGAAGCCAAAAGCAGACAAGGAAACCCGCCUAGCAACAGCAAUGGCAGGUCGAACGGACCGGAAGGAGUUUGUCAAAAAGCGGAGCAAGCUGAACCCACAUGCCAGCACUAGCAACAAGGAGAAGAGGAGGAAUAAGAACUUCAUGAUGAUGAGACACAGUCAGAAUGUCAGAACCAAAGGCAAACGCUCCUUCAGAGAGAAACAGCUCGCUCUACGGGAUGCACUCUUGAAGAAGAGGAAGCAGCACAUGUAGAACACACGGAGAUGAUGCUGACCAUACAGUGACCAUCACAAACCCAAUCUGUGACUGUGUCAUAUAAUAAUAUACAUUUUUCAGGUGGCCUGUGAACAUUUAGCUCCUUGACCUGUUAUUUCCAGUGGAUGAAUUGCAUAUAUUUACACUGUUCUGAAAUAAACCUUCUUUGAUAACUGUAUUUAGUAGUAGACUAAGGGUAUAUUAUACCACUAACUCUUAAUCUUGUUUUUGUGUUUUGUUCAGUUUAUGCUACACCUCUCAUUCCCUCCAUAAAAACUGACUGAUUCCUUCAACAUGAUAAUUGGCCUCCGAUUACAGAUUAAAUUAAAAGAAAACUAUGCAUGUCUGUACUUUGUGCUAUAAUGUUCGGGGUAUAAUUUUGAAACCUUUAGUUUUUUUAACUUAAAGGACACUGGUAUCACCUUCCAUCUGUGUACACGCUCCUCAUAGGCAGCACAGGAAACAGCUUUGGUUAUUAACAUAAAAUCAAGCAUUAAAGGUGUUGCAUGUUAGGCUAUAAGAGCUAAAGAUGCCGUCAAACUCCAGAAACUCAGUUUGUUUGCCAAAUAUUAGUUCUGAUCUGAUCCCGCUCAACAGUAAUUACUGUGUUUAUAAAACUGUAAAAUUGACAAUAAUUGCUGAAAAACUAUCAACACAUUUUUAAUUGUGAUAUCUCAGAAGUCUAUGUCAAUGGUUAAAUUGCUAAUUUUGAGUUUUAUUUUAAUGUAUGAGUAA